AUGUUGGAGUCAUUAGUUGAAAAGCUACUGAAUAAAUUCCUCGCGCCAUAUGUCGAGGGGAUUGAGAGGAACCUACACUUGGGGGUAUGGUCAGGUAACAUAGUUCUAGAGAACUUGAAACUUAAGCCGCAAAUAACCGAAAUAUUAGAUCUAUCGUUUAAGAUAAUCCAUGGGAACAUAGGAAGAAUAAAUAUACAAAUCCCAUGGAGUAAGUUAGGGAAGAGUCCCGUAUGUGUGCUCAUUAAAAAUGUACACAUAUAUAUAAAACCAAGAAGCUACAAAAAAAGCGAAGAUGUGAUCAUUGAAGAGUUGAGAAGAGCCAAAAUGCAUAGGCUGGAAUUGUUGGAGGAAGAAAUUUCUCUCAUUAAACAACAGAAAAAUAAGGAAAAGUCAUCGGAAAAGUCUACGCUUAUAUUUAAAUUGUUAAAUAAAAUUAUUAACAAUAUCCAUGUAGAUAUUCAGGACAUUUUAAUUCAUUUUGAAGACCCUGAGAAGAACUUUUCCAUCGGAUUUAUCCUCAAGUCGUCCUCUGUCAAGAAUAGUCUUGUGAAGGAUGAAAACGCAGCGGAGGCUGCCAGUUCGGGCGCAAAUGCGGGUGCAAAUGCGAGUGAGCAGUAUAAGAAGUUAAAUCACAUUAUCGAGUUCAAGGGGCUGUGUAUCUACAGCAACAGUAAUAUAAGGAAAAAGCGCAGGAGGAAGAAGGGAGAAAAGGGGAAAACAGGAGGCGAAAGCGGCCCAAGUGGUCAGAAGGGUCGGAAUAUCUCUGAGGGACCCCCCAAGCGGCAGGCCACCAGCGCCUCGUCCGAUUCUCUAACGAGGGGAGACCCUGAUAAGGACGAAAGGGAAGACCUGAAGAAUAGGUCAUCUCUGUCCGACGACGAAGAUGAAGUAAAUGAUACCAGCGGCAGAGUAGAUAAUUUGGACCGUUCGUCUAAGGUGAAGGACGACUUGUCCAUUAGUUACGACCAGAACGAGGACCUGACGUUCGAAUCCAAGUUAGGGAGUUCCGACGGAGAAGAAGGUCAUAAUGGUGAUAGUAAGGACAACUACUUGAAAAGAACGCUAACCCAGAUUAGCAACCUUUUAAAAGAUGAUGACAGCAAAAUUUUAAAUUACUACAACUUUGAGUAUCUGAUAAAGCCAUUCGACUUGGUGUUGCCAGUAGAGCAGUCCAGCAAUAAAAAGGAGCUGAAGGCCAAGCUAGAAAUAGGGGAGAAGUGGGAAGGAAUUACGCUAACCAGGACGCAAAUUACAAAAAUUAUCGAAAUAAUGAAUGAAGCCAAUAAGUCCAGGAAUCAAACGAACAAACUGCUGCUAAAGUAUGCGUGUACAGUCAAGCUAGACAUAGAAUCGCUGCGAAAUGAAACCAAAAACGAAUUUAUGAAUCUGUACAAUAAAGUUCUUGCAGAGAAGUAUAACAUAUCUACCACGGAGUUGACCUCCCAGGAGAUGAACCGGUUGCAAAUUUUGUACGAUGUAGUUGGGGUAAGGCAUCUAGCCAAGUGGAGAUUGCAAUGUAAAAACACGUUGGAAAAAAUAAUAGAAGAAAAAAAUUUGAAAAAAAAAUAUCUCUACGACUCUAUAUAUAAGCAGCAGUCAUGGUGGUCCUGGGUCACAGGUAAUAAGAAGGACAUUGAAAAUAAGGUGCAGAGUAUUUUAAAUAGUGAGCAAGAUAUUAUAAAUGAGAAGGAGUUGUAUAUUUUGCAGGAAGCUAUGACGAACGAGGAUAAUUACGAUGUGGUGCUUCCAACCAAAUAUGAUUUUCAGUUCAAAUUGGCAAAUUUUUCCAUUAACGUGUAUGAUGAUUGUAAGAAGGGGAGAAGAAGACGGGCGCUGCUUCAUCGAGGGGAGUUAGCAGAAAGGGGAAGAACUAACGCUAAUGUGUUGCACCCUAUUGGUGGGAGCGCAAUUGGUGGGAGCGCAAUUGGUGGGAGCGCAAUUGGUGGGAGCGCAAUUGGUGGGAGCGCAAUUGGUGGGAGCGCAGUUGGUGGUGGACUAGCGAAAGGAACUUGCAAUCCGAUGAGCAACCCAGUGGGGGAGGGCACUUCCAACAAAUGCUAUAGCAACAAUUUUGAAGACCAGCUGGGUGAGGAAAUAUCUCUCAGCGGAAGUGAAGACACCCUGUUGAAUAGCUCCCCAGCUAUGAGCCCCUCCAACAGUAACUACAUCAAGAAGGGGAUCAAGUAUGAAGAAAUUAACAUACUCUCGAUAAAUUUCUACCAAAUAUAUUCGUCCCUAUCGUUACAGUCCGUGGUGGACCACAACGAUAAUGAUAAUUUCCAAUGGAAGUUCAUAAUAGAGUUACAAAAUUUCGUAGCAAAGCAUAAGAGCAAAAUUUUUAUGGAGUUUAGGACGAACAAAAAUUUAUUCCCCUAUAAUGUUAGCAGUACAGGAAAUAGCCUUUACCAGAAUCCAAUUUAUUAUUCCUUGCUACAUAGCCAAAGUUUGUGUGCCUAUGUGGAGAUAAACCACUUAGUGACUGAAAAGGGGAACACUCUGUCCACUUUGUUAAGGUUGAAUCCGCUGGAGCUGUACGUGUCUCCGUUACUUAUUAAGAACAUCCUGUCCUUUGCCUUUCCCCUGAUAGAUAUCGUUAACAAGAAGCACAAGUCCGUUUUGCGGAGGGGCAAGGGGAAGGGCUCCGUUGUUGGCGACGCUGCGGCGGAGGCGCCCCUGAGGGAGGAGCCCCAGAGAGAAGAGCCCCCCAGUGAAGAGCUCCCCGGAGAAUCUCCCCCCGGAGAAGGGCUCCCCAGUGAAGCGCCCCCCGCAGAAUCGCCCCCCGGAGAGACUCCUAGGAGCGCCGCGGGCGACGGUCAGGCGGACACGUCGGAGGAUGACGAAGAAGACGACGAGGCGCUGCUUCACAUCAAGAAGAUGGAGCAGACGGAAUUGAUAGAGGGGCUGAAAGAGAAGGGAGAAAAUGUAUACAACAGAGCAGUCCAGCAUUUGCCCGAACUUUUCGAAUUUUACAUUCAUAUAUGUGGCCCAAUAUUGCACUUUGAUAAUUUAACCAACGGUAUUGUCGAAUUGCACCUGGGUAAUUUGAUAGCCAAAACGGAGUGUCCUUGCACGUACAACAAAUUUAACUUGAUUUUCGAAUUCAACGAAACGCAGAUUACAUGCUUGAAGGCGUCUCUGCAUGGGGGUGGGGGCACAUGCAAGGGUAAAAAUGACGCAGAUGUGAGGCGUACUGAGGUGGACAUGGUUAGUGGAUUGUCCCCCAUCAAAAGGGAGACUCCAACUGUGCAGGAGGAAGAAAAAGAGGAGGAGGGAAAGAACCCGUCCCCUUCUGUGGAAGAAACCCAUUUGAAGGACAGCUACUGCAACCGCAUAAAGGAAAAGACCCAGAAGAGUGAGAAGUUCUACAUACUGCAGCCCAUCCCUGUAAAGGUAUACGUGGAAUACGAUUUGAAAAUUUUGAAAACGAACAUUAUUUUGGAUGGUAUUUUUUUCCAAAUAAAUCCAGACGCAGUGAGUAUCAUAUUGGCUGUACCGACAUCCAUUACGAGAUAUUUAACUCGGUUCUACUCAAAAAAUAAAAAAGAAAAAGAAAUUCUCAAAGGUAGAAAGAAGACUUCAGUGGAGAAGAAGGUAAUUUCUUCUUCCAAGGGGGAAGGAAAUAUUUGCUUGAAGAUUCCUUCCUCGGAAGGAGCUUCCAAAGAGAGUAACCUCGUCCAUGUUCGUUCUCCGAAUGGUGAUGAGUCUAAGGCCAAGCAGAUUGAUGAGAACCAAAUUAACAAACCGGAGGAAGAAUCCUUUCUCUACGAUAUUGACUUUUUAAUUAAAAAUUCAGCCUUCUCUAUUAAAAAUGGGAAAAAUAGGGAGGUGCUCAAGUACGAGGCCUGCGGAAUAUCAUACAAGAAUUACUUACAGAAAAAAAAGAAAAUUGUGAAGGUUGAAAUAGAGCAGUUGUGGAUUUGUGACCCAAGUAAUAGGCAGCCAAUUUUUUUUACUCUAACGAAGAAUGUGAAUUCGAAGGAUAUUUUUCUCUUCCGGUCGUUGUCGACUUAUUUGGAGGAGAAGCACAACGCGAUGGUUAAUGGCGGUGUCUCCCAAGGGGGGGUGCCACCACCGUUACCGCCACCUCCACGGGGGGAGGGUACCAAUUGUGGGGCCCCGUCCAGUGGGGAUGCAACCAGUGAUAAGCUUGUUAGCAGCCGCAGGGAGGAAAAUCCCGUGAGUAGAGAUGCCAGCAAUGAGGAGAACGGCUCGAGGGGCAUAGCUCGAUUUCAGUCAGCUCAAAGAAUUGAGGAAUUUAUGGAGAGUGAUCUUCUGAGCGAAGGGAAGGAAUGUCCCAAAAAUAAUGAUCUGGAUAAACGUGGGCAGGUGAGGACAGGUUCGAACGGAAGUAGCCCUAACGAUGGGGUAGCGGCGUUGAAAGUUGGCCACGCGGAGGGUGCGGUGGGUGCGGUGGGUGAGGAUGUUAGCGGUCAUGGGGACGCAAUCUGUGACGAUGAGGAUGUUAGCGGCGAUGGGGACGUAAUCUGUGACGCUGACGCUGACGCUGACGAUGACGACGACGACGAUGACUUUAUGGACGCCAUCGAAGAGAAGCAACUGUCCAUAAAUCUGCAAAUCUUGCAGAAGCAAAACCAAAUCAACAGGGCCAACACGCACGUGAACUUGAUCAUUAGCGAUAUCGAACUGCAUUGGAAAUACAAAACGAUAAAGCAGAUAUUCAAAACGAUGAAGGAAUACAAGAAAAAGCUGCAGUAUGGAAUUGAGAAGGACAUGAAGUAUAUCAAAAAUAAGUUAAAGAACGAGGAGGAGUUAAAAAAUUAUAAGAUGUUCAUUUCGGAACACACCUUGAGGAGUGUGCAGGAGACGUUAAAUAAUGUGAAAAAUUCUUUGAAUAUUUUGGACAUAGAGUCUGCCAAGAAGAACGUUGAGGAGGAGGAAAGCGCGUGUGCAGGUGAUGGCACACAUAUGGGAAGCUCUCAGAUGGGGCAACCGGCAGUACACCCCGGGGGGGGCAACCUCCUGGAGCCAAUUGGCAGAGAUGAGCAUGUGGUUGGAAGGAGCUUACAAAGUGGUGUCGCACAAAGCGGUGUCGCACAAAGUGGUGGCACACAAAGCGGUGCACAUGGCGGUGCACGUGGCGAUGGCGAUCCCGAGGGGGACAUCCUUAGCAAUGGGUUGAAUAACACCCUACCGAAGCUGUACGGGCAGAAGAACUCCUACGUGAAGUACUUCUUCAAUUGCUACAUUAAGAGUGCCUCCCUAGCCUUCUGGCAAAAGAGGAAAAUUUUCUCAAAAAUUCAAGUAAGCAGCAUAUAUUACGAAAAUAAGGUGUACUUAAAUUUUGAUCAGAAAAUGUUCGUAAAUAUCGAGAAGGGUAUCAUAUCGAUGAAUAGCAAAAAUAUCAUUUCGAAUAAUAUAAAUGAUUAUACGUAUGAUUUGUUCAUUUCGAGGAGGAGCAAAAGGUUUGGUGCAACCGAUUUUGAGAGAGUGAAACCCAGUGAGGAUAGCAAAGGGGAGAAUGUGAAGACCAUGUCGGAGAGACGAAAUAGUAAAGACAUUUUAAACUACAUCAAUGUGGAUAACCUAUCUGAGGAAAAUAAAAAAAAAAAAAAACAAAUAAACAAAAAAGGCAGGAUUUAUUUGUUGGAAAAAUCAAGUAUAUACUACAUUUUUUAUUUACGCGAUUUGAAAUUAUUUUUGGAGUACCUAGAUGAUGGCAUUCUGAACGUGUUUAUUAGUAAAUCGUAUAAGAAAGUGGUACAGGUAGCUCAGGCGAAGUAUUUUCUCUUCCACUGCACCAUCUUGGAUCCCGUUGUUAUUAUUCCGGAGGAUAAAAAUAUAAUAUAUAAUUAUCGCGGGGAGGUUAAAAAUGUGUCCAAGUGCUCCAAGGCGAGCAUCAAUGGGGGUGGGAAUGCCAACCGAGGGGGGAACUCCAUCCCGUAUAUUGAAUCGUAUUUGAAAUUCCAUUUGGGCACCGUAAAAUUUAAGAAUUCGUACACGGUGAAUUACACUCAGGGGAUUGUGGAAAAUCAGCGAAGGGCGCUGCGUGAGAGGAGGAGGAGGAAAAGGCAAGCAAGACAGGGAAGAGCAACCAUCCAGGGAAGAGAAACAACCCAGGGAAGAGCUACCCCGAGGAAGCGUCAAAUGGGCGUCCACUGCAGCGAUAAAGGCGGAAGCUCGACCCCAGGUGAGGCAACAGAAAAUGAGGAACUGGAAAAAAAUGAUAAAACAACAAGCGUGGGCGGGAAAUACGAUUUUACUCUCUAUGUCGAUUUGCUAGACAUGGAAUGUCGCGCUUGUGAAAAUGGGGGAAGCAUCAACAUAGAAGGGAACAUUCUACAAAAAGUGAACAUAGGAUUAUGUCUAGUCAGCAGCAAGGAUGGUGUUUUUAUUUACUUCAGUGGGAACGAUUUUUGCCUAGAUUUGACUGUAUUUCAGUUGGCCUUUUUUUUAGAUAUUAUUAAUGAGAAUUUUUGCUACAAGGGGUACUUCCCUAUGUGCUUCAUUUGUGAUAGGGGCGUGAAUAUAGACAGCAUGUUGAACGCGGAGUGGUUCCGCAAGGGGAACAUUAAUUUGGGGAACCUGAGUGUUCGCCGCGGGGGGGAGGCGGCGGAGAGGGGGGGAAGUGAGGUCAAAGGGGUGAAAGGGGCGAAAGGGGCGAACGAGGGGAAAGAGGCGAAAGAGACGAACGAGACGAACGAGGCGAACGAGGCGAAAGCGGCGAACGAGGCGAAAGCGGCGAUAGGGACGAACGAGACGAACCGUUUGAGUAGCCCCCCGGGGCCGCUGAACCCGGUCGCGAGCGAACCCGUGAUGAAGAACGGGCUGAAGUUAUAUCUGUACAUAAAUUUGGAGAGCCUUAAGAUUAAAACCUCCUUUGAUGGAAACACCCCAGUAGCCAUAAUAACGUUCCAAAAUAUAAGCAUCUCGUUCCACCUAGUUCUUCUAGAUUUUUACUACAUUUAUUUUUUCGACCUUUAUAGUAACUCCCUCUACAUUGAUGAUGUGAGAAAGAACUCCAUUAAUUACUACAAGCGAGUGGCAUACUGCUGCAUCGAGAACGAAUCAAACAGGGUGAAGAAAAAGAGGGGGGCCAAAUAUUCUGAGGAAAAAAUGGGGGUGAAUUUUGUGAGGGAGAAUGCCGAGACCAAGUUAUCUCUGAUUAAGAACACGAGCGCGUCGGUGUAUAGCAACUCGUGCGUUUCGAUCCUCGACGAGGAGAACAACAUGAGCAGCAGUGCUGCGGUGGGGAGUAACCCUGUGGUGGGGAGCAACCCUGUGGUGGGAAGCAAUCCCGUGGUGGGGAGCAACCCCGCGGUGGGAGGCAACCACCCCUCGGGCGAUCGCUGCGCAUCUCCCCCCACAGCUGCGAAGGACUACAAAGCACUGCUGAGAUACAUGUUCGAGAGCAACGUAUUUCUGAGCGAGGAAAAAAAGAAGAAAAGGCAAAAAGGCAUAAAAAUAAGAAUCAAUUCCUUUAUAGAGGAUAUCAUCCUAAGCAUAGAAUUGGAUGAUGCGUAUAUCUGUUGCUUUUUUAUCAUUUUUAUGGAUAUAUAUAAAUUCCUGUCUACUGGUUUCAAUUUGAGCACACUGCAUCUGUACCCAAAGCCAUCUCCCUACAUCGUUUCGGCGAAGGAGCCAGGAAGGAAGAAAAGGGGGAAGAAAGUUGCUGGGGCGUAUGAGCAUGACCGUUCUCAGAAUGAUGUUGCCAUUGUAGGAAAGAACAAGCAUAAUUUGAAAGAGGAUAAGAAGGAAACCCACUCGGAAGAAGCGAACAGGUAUGGCAAGAAUACGAAAAGGUAUGCUGUGGAAAAUAUCAGGAUUGAGGAAAAUGUUUUUAAAUCCAAGGCGAAAAGUGAGACAGAGGGAGGCGGACGCCCUGGCAAGCAGGAGAAGAUUUCCCCAGGGGGAGGAAAAGAGGAAGAAAAAGAAGACGAUGGAGGAGAGGGCCACAAUCUAAGGGAUAGGGAAAAAAAUAUAUCGAGAGGAAGCAGCAUGAAUUUUAGUCGAUUCAAGUUUAUCAGAGAGCGCUUGGGGAAUGAAAAAAAUCAAACCAUAACAAAUAUAAAUGAAAUUUUGAAGCUGGACAAUAAACCCAUUCACAUAAGCUUCAAAGUGAAUAAUGGGAAUUUUAUUGUCUUUACGGAUCUAGAGAAUGUAGCUCAUCCGAUUUUGAUGUGGUCCAAUAACUUCGUUUUCUCCUUCUCUCUCUUAAAUAAGUGUAUAAUAUUUAGGAAAAUUUAUGCCGUAAAUAGUAAAAUAAAGCGAAUUAACUAUGUUAGUAAUUUUGCUAGCGAUGUGAGUAGGAGGAGGAGGAGUAGGAAGGAAAGUGGGAUGAGUGGGAUGAGUGGGGUGAGCGGGGUGAACGGGGUGAACGGGGUGAGCGGGGUGAACGGGGUGAGCGGGGUGAGCGGUGGAGCCGCCAAGGAUGUAUCUAACCCACUGCACAAUUAUCACAAGAAAAAAAUUUUACUGUGUGAUAAUUUAAAUGUUAAGGGGGAAGCGAUAUACGAGUCAGUCGACACGAAGAAGGAGAAUUAUAUUUUAAAAGCGAACGUGAGGAAGAAGGACUACCCAGAGUUUAUCUCCGUUUUUGAGCUCAACAUUCAUAUUGGAAAUUUUGACAUACGGCUGUCGAAUGAUGAUGUGGAGAUUUUGCUGAGAGCCUCGUCUACCCUGUUCGGCGAUGUACCCAGCUCUUACACCAACAUCACUGUGGGUGCGGUAAUCCCUCCCGUGACGUUUAUUCAUACGAAGAUAAAGAAUAAAUUUAUGAGGAAUAACAUUUAUUUUGUGAUGAAGGAAGUGCGGGAUGGCGAGGAGGAAGGUGUGGAAGAUGCCGUGACUGGGAAAAGCGCGCGAGAUGCUGAUCAGAGCUCAGCUCAGGAGCUACAAAUUACGAACAUAAAUAAGCUGAAAGGGGGGAAAAGAAGAAGAAGGAGAAGGAGAGCGGUCGUGGGGACUGACCUUAGCAAUGUGGGGGAAGCUGUGAAGCAGGAGGGAGACACCUCAUCGGAGGAGAAGCAGCCAGUGGGAAUAAACCCCCUUAAGGAGGAAAAGAGGCUCGUUACAAUGAAGAAGCAGAAAAGUGAGGUAGACCUAUCCGAGUCGAGCAACAACGUGAUUGAAUCAUUUUCGUACAACGCGUUGUCUGAAAUUUCAACGGACUCCAAUUUGACGAUAUACUCAGACUCGUCCUCCACAGAGUCGUACACAACCAGCAGGAUAUUCUCCAGUAAAUGUGCAUUGCAAAACGAGUCAGAGUCAGAAUUGGCUAGUGGUAAUGAACAGGCAAAUACCUAUCGUGACAUCAAAAUAGUAAUAAAGCUACACAAUGUGAAGUGCACCUUUAUCGACGACAUAAGAAAUUCAAUCGUGCCAAUAAUCAGGACCAUCAUGAGUAUGAGUUUAUGUUUAAAUUUUUACACAGAUGAAUGUUCCUACAAUAUAAACGAUUUAAAUUCAAAAGUGGAAUAUUUUAAUAACUGCAUUGGAGAUUGGGAACCCUUUUUGGAGAAGUGCAACAUUUCGUUAGACAUCCAUAAGAUACUACCAAAUGAUGCCAUUAGUGAGGAUACAGAGUUGGGCAAAUCUCCCAUCAGUAUAAUAAAAAUAAAUAGCGUAAAUGCUUUAUGGUUUAAUAUAACCCCUCAGUUAGUUAACCUCCUGUUUUUGUUCCUUCCUGUGUUUACAGAGAAGGUACUUAAGGGGCUGAAGAAAAAGCAAAACAAUCGAUGCGUGCAAAGUAACACAUUUGAGAAGGAAGAAAAUCAGGGGUCACAUUUGUCCCUUUUUAACAACAAUUGUGAGAGCGUUUCUGCUGAGCUAGAUGAGAAAAAACUUGGCAUUAAAAGCAAAAGUAUUUAUGAAGACUGCUCUUCCGUUUUUGAAUCAAUUCCUGGUGACAUGGAUCAGAGCAAGGAGAUUGAUUUUCAUUUGGAUGACUUCCUGAAGAAGGAGGAAAAUCGAAACAGUUACGAUUGCAUGAAGGAUAAUUCCGUUGUUUAUUAUGUCAAUUUGACUAGUGAUUUUUUUUACGCCUUCGUGAUGCCAGAAAAUACCGUGGAAGAGGUGAAGAAGAAGCGCCCCUGUGCAGAUGCUAAGGGGAGAGGUUACCCAAUUGUGCACGAGGGAGGGGCUCCCAUGGAUGUCGCGCAGAAGCAGAAGAAGGGAAGAACAAACCUCGGUGAGGUAUCCCCUAAGAUGGCAUUGCACACCACGAUGGGUAGUGGAAACACUCGUGAUGGAGUUAAAAAGGACAGUUAUCACAGUGUUGGAAGCGACGCUGACGGUUUCGAGCCCGAUUGCGAGGCGGAGAAAAGUGCCCCCGAGUUGUAUGCCAAGAUUGUAACCACGAACGAGUUGGUCUCCCUAGAUCGAUUGCUUGUCAACGAGAUCGCGAACAACUCCUUGAUAGAAAAGAAGUGCCUGUAUCUGUACCUCAUCCCGAUUCCCCCUACAAACGUGGUGAAUGUUAUACAUGAUAUGUUUCCCGAUAUGAGUAAAAGAGACAUAGUGCUGGAUUUGAUGAUAACGAAGAAUCCGAAGAAGACCAUCGAGAAUUUGCUGGUGUACGGCCAAGGGAGAGGGGACGGAAAGGAGGCAAGAAGAGGUGGGGGGGGCACGGCCAAUUGGAGCGCCACCCACGGCAGGGGAAACGCUCCCAGUGUCAAUGGCAGUGCCAAUGUCAGUGCCAGUGUCAGUGCCAGUGUCAGUGCCAAUGCAAAUGUCAGUGCCAGUGCCAAUUUGAAUCCCAAUUUGAAUCCCAAUUUUAACAUUAAUUUUGUUUCCAACUCCAACUGCAAAGCGACGAUAUCCCAGGGGGGGGAGGAAAGCACCUACGACAAUAACAAGUAUAACGCAAACACUGUUACGGAUGAAAGGGGGAUGACGGAAAAAACGAUCGAGGGAACCGACAUCGGGGCGGACGAAAUGGAGCAGUUGGGUCGGGAGGAGACCACAGCACAUUUGAGGAAUGACGAUUUGUUCGCUUCGAAUGAUGAUUUGUCCCUGGAGGGGGGGCGGCAAGAGGAGGACGACGACGAGGAGGAGGAAGGAGAACUGCUUGACGAUGAGGACGGUACUUCCAAAUGGUGCAGUGAAGACGAGGUGGAGGAUGGACACUCGAUGGAGGAGGAACACUCGGUGGAAAGCAGAAAUAGUUCCAGUGAAAGCCACUACUUUAAGUACAGCCAAAGGAGGAAAGAGUUGGGGAACUCCAUUUUUGCUUCGAACAAAUUCGUGGGCCCAUUUCUGAAGAACUGCGAGUGCGUCCUUAUCAACUUGAUCAAGAACAGCUGCACAACUCUGACCACAUCGCUGAAGAGCAGCAACGUGAUUCACAUGUUGAAGCCGAUGGACUAUAUUUUUGAUGAGGCGUAUGGCAGCGGUGUGGGGAGCGGGGCCCCCCCGCAGGGUGACAUAAGAGUAGCGGUCCGCGGAAAGGACGACUUGGUGUUGAACAAGCCAGGAGUGAACAAGCCAAGGGUAGACAAGUCAGGCGUGGACAAACCAGGCGUGGACAAGCCAGGCGUGGACAAGACAACCAAGUGGGACAUGUUGAACGAAGAGAUGGAGAAGCAGACCAAUAUGGCCUGCAAGUAUCGACUGAAGAAUAAUUACCUUCCGCAAACCUCGCUCGCGGAGACAGUGUGCGAAAUCAUAUCUCCUAUGCCGAAUUACAAAAUAUUGUUCAUGUCCUCAACGGUUCGGAUUGUAAACAAGUGUGGCAUUCCUCUUGAGUUUUGUUUCUUCGAUGGAACGAGAAACCCCAUAUUGCUGACGUCUCUGGAGAAUAGGACCAUACCGAUUAGCACGCUCUACCCUAACCACAGCGACUCGUUUAAAAAUUACAAGGUCUCCAACAGUUUGAAUAUAAACCCGAAUAUAAAACUGCGUCAGAAGAAUAAUAAUUUGAGUUUCACGGUUAUUUUGAAUCAUGAGUAUUUAUUGUCUACUCCCGAGUGUGCAUUUUGUGGCCCAUCGCAUGUCUACCUGUCCUUCAAGCCGAUAAAUCUGGUAAGCGAGGAGAACGCGUAUUACGAAGUGGUGAGUUCGAGGGGCAAAGGAGAGGUUUCCAAAGGAAGAGGCGCCAAAGAAAGCACCUCCUCAGUUAGCGGCAUACCUGGUUUGGGCAGAAAUAAUAAGUUGGAUAGUCCGAAAGCGGAAGGACACACUUCCUCCGGGGGGGAGAUCUAUAUGUCCGAUGGAUCAUCUCCAAAGAAUGGAGCAAACGAACUGAUGGACAUCUCCUCCAUCAGCAACGAAAAUGGAUGGUCUGAUAUUUUGAGCUCUGACAUUAACCAAGGGACAUAUGUGAAGAAGUGCAAAAUUAAGGAUAGCAAUAGUUACCUUUACUUUAUAGUAAAAAUAGAGAAUAAAUUAAGUGCCCUACCUGCAGAAAAAAAUUUGAAAAUUAUUACUAUAUAUCCUCAUGUGAGUGUAGUGAAUGCCAUUCCUGCUUUGGUAGAUAUUAUAAUCACUUCUGAAAUUUCGGAGGAGAAACAGAACGAUUACGUGUAUGAGGAGAAGGGGAAGAUUGACCUUUUAAAAAACAAAAAGGUGAAAUUGUUGAGGCAGUGCGAAGAGAUCAAUGCGUACCUGAGCAAACUCGCGUCAGUCAAGCAAAUCAGUUCUGGCAGUAGUUCCGCAGGUGCCACAACUGCUAUGAUAGCUGGUGGAAGUGCAGGGAAUGUCGCAGCGAGUGGUGGUGGGUCGAGUAGUGGCUAUACGAAUGACUAUGUUUGGGGGAAGGGCGCACAGAACAACGAACGGGUGUAUGUACACGAGUUGAAGCGGUUGGAAAAGGAAAUAAGUAACAUCGAUGAGGAAAUAAAAGUGAAGAAAAAGGAGCUAUCUUCUUGUACGUCAAAUAAAGGUUAUGUGAAUAAGAGAUUGAAUCCAUUUUCCAUUUUUUAUAUUUAUGAAAUUAAAAAGUAUAGCUGCCUGAACAUGAGGAUGAAAAUUGGGAACUCGCAAUGUGAAUGGUCUGACAAGCUAUUCCUGUUGGAGGAUGACGAAGAAUCGGUUAUGCGAUUUUCUCUAAAUUUUAAACGGUUCGCUUCUGUAGAAGUGGAAUUAAUAAAAAACUUCAGUGGGUAUUUCAACUCGUUGAGUAGCAUCCUAGGGAAUAAACAACUGUACAUUUUUUCUCUACCUCGAUGUUUUAUUGACAGAACGGGUCUGGGCAUCAAGGCUAUCAACUCUAAUAAGUAUUACCCCAUUAUUAACGGCAUAACGUUGUUAGGAGACACUUCACAAAUCGAUUUGCUAUUACCGCAUAAGACGUACCACAAUGAUUUUUUAAGGUCAUGCCGAAAUGGGGUUCGAAGUUAUGAUGUAGGGGGGGUAGAGACAUAUAACGACUACAGUGAUAUUUUCAACGAUUUUAAUUACCCCUGUCCUGUUGAUAACACACUGAUAUUGUUCAAGGCGACGUUACCCCCCAUCGGUAGCUACACCGAGACGAGCGUGGCGUGCAAGAAUUUCUUUUACACCUUUUGUCUGAACACGGAAAAGAUUAAGACGACAAAUAUACCGUAUAUCAUUAGUCGAAUAAUCACUGUGGUGCCUCAGUUUAUCAUUAGCAAUAAGCUGAACUACCCCAUUUUGGUGAAGCAGUUUCAGACGGAUAAGAUUCAGGGGGUUCGGCAGAAUGACACCUCUCCGCUGUACUUCCCGAAGAAGCAGAAUAUUUUGCUCUUCCGGUUUAAGGCGCUGGAGGGGGUGAAGGAGGACGAGGGGGGCGACGGGGACGGCGGCACUGGCGAUGGCUGCGGCGAUGGUGCUAUUGGCGAUGGCGACUGCGGCGAUGGUGACUACGGUGAUGGCGUUAACGGUGGCGGUGGCCAUACCGUUAGGAAGAGGGAGGACUACGUGUCCCAACCCUCCAAGCAGUACAAGAUAAGCAAGAACCCAUUUUGGUCGUCUGUCAUAUUCCCGAGUGAAAAUUUCGUUGGAACCAAUUACAUGGUAGUGAGCAACAGUUGUGCGAAGGAGGAAAAAUCGGAAGUGUACGUAAUUACGUGUAUCCCGGACAUGGGAACAAAAAACAUAAUAAUCGAAAGGCUAGAUAAUAAUAUGAACAAAGGGUUUAUUGCAUACAACAGUUCCAGCUUGGCAAGAUAUUUGAAAAUACGAACCUUCCACGAUGACACGAAACACUUGAAAAUGGAUGAAGAGGAAAAUUGUAAAUUAGAAAAAAAUCUGUUCAUAAAAAAUUUCCUAAGUACAGCUGACAUGGAACAUUAUUUUAAUAUCGAGUAUGAACAGUCUAGUUACCUCGGGUGGGUUAAUCCUUUCAUUUAUGUUACACGGAAUGUACAGAUAGAGAUUGUACUGCAUGACAUGAAGACCAUCCCAAGGACACCCUUCAUAUUGAAAUUCGCACAGUAUAAUUACGCGCAGAAGUUAUUCCAAGUGUAUUAUUAUGACGUGAUUUUUAUCGUCUCCAUAGAAUAUAUCCAAGAUUUGAUAACGAUUAGGUUGACUCACAGAAUUAAUAUCCCUAGGGGGGUACCUCAAGGUAGGGGAGGAUUUGCUCCCACUACCCCCUGUGCUUAUGACUCCCUUGAGGGUGGAAGAUUUUCUAAAAAUUCUGUGGACAUGCAGGAGUACCACAAGGUAGAACUAACUGAGGGGGGGUACGAGUUGAGGGAUAAAAGUGGCCUUGAAAUGGGAGUUGAGAGAAGCGCCAUGGGGGGUAGCUAUAUUCAAAAGAGGAUGAUGAUUGGUCACAGUGAAUAUAACUAUGUGAAGUAUGGUGCGGAGCAAGACUGGGAGGGAGAAGCAGAGGGAGGCGGAAGGGGGCACCAGGGUCACGUGAGUGGCUAUGGAAACGGUUAUGCAAAUGGGUAUGCAAACGGGUAUGCAAGCGGGUAUGGUAAAGGCCACGGCAAUGGUAACGGACAUGGUAACGGGCAUGUUAACGGGCAUGGUAACGGCCAUGGCAACGGCUAUGGCAACUACUACUACGGCGUGGGCAGACGGGAGGAAGCCGUGAAGAUGAUCAGCAACACGUACAAAAAUGUGCACAUAAUUAUCAACGUGACCCAAAUAGGGGUAAGCAUUAUAUCGAAUAUCCUAAAGGAGGAGGUGUUCUUCAUCGAGCUGUCGAAGCUGUGUGCCCUGUUUUAUAUGAAGAACGAGGAAGAAAUUAUUGACAUAAAAAUUACGGACGUGCAGGUGGACUGCCAGCUGGAGUCAUGUGAGAAGUGUGUGCUUUUGGCGAACCGGGGCAUAAGUACCAACAAUGGUAAAAGCGGUGGGGCAGGAACCACAUCAGGAGGGGCAUCUGCAGGGAACAGCGAAAAAGAAUUGAAGAGAAUUAAAAAUGCGUAUGGUUAUCACCCCCAGGGAAGUCGCGCCAAUGGGAUGAGCGUUGGGGGAGUAGGUAGAAAGGGCAGUUACUACAUGAGCGAGAUGGAUGAGCUAUACGAUCGGAACAAUAGCAGCAGUGGAAUCGGUGGUGAGGGUCGAGCCCAUUUCACAAACAGCGAUAUAAUCAGUAAGAUGCCUAGUGAUAGCGGACCAGGAAUAAUUGGCAAAGGCAUGAACACAAAUGACGAAAAAAUAUUUUUAAAUAUUUAUGUGGAGAGAUCCUUCAUAUCUCAUAAGGACGUAAUUUUCAAGAAGAUACAGGUUUCUUUGGAUGACGUGGAAAUCGAAAUGGACGCCGAAACGUUAAACGGAAUUAACCUACUCAUAGCAGAGUACAUCGAAGGGAUAAGCGUCGUGCAGAAGAAGAACCUACUCUAUGAGGAGAUCCAAAAGUGGACCAUUUUACCCGUCUAUGUAAAUUACAAGUCACCAGAUAUCCCCUUAGCCAUAAACAUACAAUACAUGCAGAUAGAUAAAUUCACCCUGAUCGUUUGGUGUUCCUUUUUAUUGGACAAAAUGCACAUGAUGAGUGAUUUGCUGAGAAUCGGUUUACGCAUAUUGAUGGUGUCGGGGAAGUUAGAAUUGCUAGGUGCACCUGUGACCCUGAAUCAGGAAAUUUUCAAUAACAUCCGUGUUAGUUUGAAGUCUUUUUAUGCACUAUUGAAGGAUAAGUACAGCCAUUCUAUUUUGGCAUGCCUAGGGUUCAUAGUGGGAUAUAGUAGCCUGAUUAACAUACCGAAAAUUCCCCUCGAAAUUGGAAGGAAUACCAUAGGGUUAGCCGUUUACGCUGUGGAUAAUGUAAGUGUAGGUAUUGGAAGCUUCCUCUCCAAUUUGACGUUCGAUGCAGAAUACAUCAACAGGAGACAGAAGGAAAGGAACUUUAAAACAAAUACGAAUAUGAAAGAGGGGCUCCUAAGUGCUGUGAAGAAUAUUGGUGAAGGGGUGCUAAGUUUAUCCAAUAUUGUUACUAAACCAAUUGAGGGUGCCCAGAAGGAAGGAGUUGGUGGAUUCUUCAAAGGGAUAGGCAAAGGGGUAGCUGGAUCGUUGGUCAAGCCGUUAGAUAAAGUAGGCCAAGCCGUAUCAGAUGUUACAAGAGGUAUAAAAGCUGAGGUGUCCAAACCGAUUGGAGGACAUAAAUACAAAAUCAAGAGACAUAGAAAGCCAAGAAUGUUAUGGGGAGAAUAUGGAAAAAUAAAAGAGUACAAUUUGCAAGAAGCUGAAUUGAGAGAAUGCCUAGGGUUGAAAUUUUCAAAAAAUAUUAUGAAAUGUUUGACGAUACAUAAACAGGAGAAUCACCCUCCUGCACAUUAUUCCUUGUUGCUAUAUCCGAAGAUUAUUAUUUAUGCCAAUUUGUAUGCUAACAUGUUUCUUGGUGGUAAGAAUGCUGAAUUCUUGGGGGACAAGAAGAUCGUCGGGGGGGGCGAUAUCGUGAUUUGGUCACUGAGGAUUGAAGACAUCUCCGAAAUAAGGGCCUCCAGUCACGGGGUGAUAAUCCGCACAGGGAACUCCAGCAACCUGGUGUACAAAAUUCCCUGCAACAACGCCCUUUUGAUAAACAAAAUUUACCGCGAGCUGCACAGCUCGAAGAGCUCCAUCAACUCGACCAUCAUCCUGGGGGACGCGCCCUCCUCGCCGCGCGUUUAG